AUGUUAUCUGCAUUUAAAAGAUUAGCUGUAAAGUCUGAUGGAGUUGGUAAUGUAUCUCCUAGACCGGCUCAUCAGUCUAUGCCAACAACAUUACAGAGAAAAUUUGCCAAAGGUGUACAAUAUAAUAUGAAAAUUAUUAUAAAGGGUGAUAGAAAUGUGGGAAAAACAUGCUUAUUUCAUAGACUUCAAGGCCAAAAGUUUAUAGAAGAAUACAUACCAACGGAAGAAAUACAAGUAACCAGUAUUCAAUGGAAUUAUAAAGCUACCGAUGAUAUUGUUAAAGUCGAAGUUUGGGAUGUUGUAGAUAAAGGUCGACGUAGAAAAAAAUUUGAAGGUUUAAAAAUGGACAAUUCACAGUCUGAAAAUAUAAUUGAAGAACCUGCAUUGGAUGCAGAAUUUCUUGAUGUGUACAAACGGACCAAUGGUGUUAUUAUUAUGAUGGAUAUUACGAAAUUUUGGACAUUUGAUUAUGUACAGAGAGAACUUCCAAAAAUACCCAGCCAUAUUCCAGUUAUUGUUUUAGGAAAUCAUUGUGACAUGGCUCAUCACAGAACUGUUACAGCAGAUCACGUGACAUACUUUAUAGAUUCGUUACAUGAAAGAUCAGCGCAAGUAAGAUACGCGGAAUCAUCUAUGAGAAAUGGCUUUGGGUUAAAACUUUUGCACAAAUUCUUCAAUCUUCCAUUCCUUCAGUUACAACGGGAAACGUUACUGAAACAACUUGAAACCAAUGAGGAGGAAACACGUUUAACAGUACAAGAACUUGAUCUCUUUCAGGAUAGCGAUGAUGCCGAUUACAAUAAAUUUUUGGAUAAUCUUGUCAACAGGAGAAGAGCCAUUGCUGACUCUGUCUCUGCCAGUACUCUAGUCCCUACUUCUUUAAGCAAUCAUCAUAUAUCUUCUAAUGGUAACAUAAACGCAAACGCGGAAGUUAGAAGAUCAAUUUCUAUGCCUGGUCCCAUAGGAGGAGGAAUGCCCAUUCCAGUUAAAAAUAUAGAUUUGAAAUCGCCACUGAAGAAAGAAAAUAUAAGUACUUUAGAAAAUCAAACAGUUCAUAGUAAAAACCUGCAGUCUACAUCAGCAUUAUCCAUUGCGCAAAAUAUGUCAAAAGUAGAUCCUAAAGUGACUGAAUUUUUAAAUAGUAAUUCUGAUAAAAGAGACUCAAUUAGCAAACCACAGUCGCUCAUGUCCAAGAUAUUUGGUAAUAAGAAAGAAGAUGAAAUUGACAAAGUAGCACAUAAUACAAAUACAAAGGUACCCUUAACUAGCGUUGAAGAUUUCGUACCAGAUGACGGACUUUUAGAUCGAUCAUUUUUAGAGGAUGGAAAUCAAAGUUCACCACAGAAAGUACAACAUCAAGAGCUAGAUUCUGAAAGCGACACUGAAACUGCGAACCCUUUAGUUGCUGAUUACGAGGAUGAUUUAUCAUCCACCGAAGAAACGACACCACCAAUUCAACCGAAAUUGGCUGAGAAUCCAUUAUCUAAGCAGAAACACAAACGAGAUUCUUUAUCAAAUACGGAAAUGAAUCCAGAAAAAUUGCGACCGAUUGUUAAACGUGAUUCCGUAUCAUCCAUAGACCAAGAAUUACAAAUAUCAAACAAUUAUGAUUUAAACGAACAACAGGAGAUUAGUUCUGAUGCUUCUGAUAGUUGGCUUCGACGUGAUUUUCAAUGGAGACAAAGUCCCGAAGGUGGCGAGGAUCUGAGUAGUAGUAGCACAAGAAAAGACAGACUAGAAUUGAGCGAUAAAAGUUUAGAUGUUAGCGUAACUAGUUCUAACGUACAUCUAGAACUACUUGACAAUGCUAGUGUACGACAUAAUAUGAGUUCUGAUGGCAGCAGUCCUGUGUUAAAAGAAAAGAAGAAACACAAAGAAAAGACUGAAGAUAAAGAGAAAAAGAAGAAGAAAAAGCCUAAAGAUAAAGAGAAGGAUAAAGAGAAAACAGAUAAAGCAGAAAAGAAAAAGAAACGUUCUUCACACCGUUCGAGAGACGAAAACAGGGAACGCGAUGAACUCGAAGAAUUUCUAAAUGGUUCUGGACCCAGGAUUGGUGUUGAUGUCGCCUACGAAGCGAUAUAGCGAUCUACGCGAAUAAUGUUAAACUUAAUUGUGUCACUAAUUAAUAAUGGUGUCUUCUGGCAAGGCAUGCAAAUGUCCCACAAUAAUUAAUAUUUGGAACGGAAAAUGAGAUUAAAGCUUGCCAUUAAUUUUGAAGCAAGUUACGAGUGAUUUCAGUGUUCUGUUAUAAAUCUUUGUAUGAUAAAAUGACUACGAACUAUGG